CGCCGGCUGUGCGGAGGAAGUGAACGGUGAACGCAGAAGCAGCACGCGCGCGGGAGUCAAGUUUGGUUGAACUCCGGUGUGUUCAUUACCACGACAGCGGCUGCGUCUCUGCACUGAGUCUCACAGAUGUUUAUGAUCGUGCUAACGGAAUGGAAAAGACACCUUGAUAAGCUGGACGACACAAUCCACUGGAAAAAUCCUCUUCCUACUUCCGGGUGUGAGGUUGUAGCGCAGGAUACUUCUGUGCUUCUGGAGAUCGUCUGUGUGUAACAGCGUUUCUGGGGAUAUUACUAUGGAUUCCUAUGGACGUGUGGAGUUCCUGCAGGCUCUAGCAGAGGGCUGUGUGCUACCCACUGCCCAGCAGGGUUUAGAGCAGGUGUGGCAGCUUCUGCUCCUCUGCCUGCUGUGUCGGGUCAUCUGCAGACUAGGUGUCUCGUGUCAUGUGAAGCAUCUGAGCUCGCUGGCAGGCGGUCUGUAUGUGCUGUACGUGUUCUUUGAGCUGCACACGAUGUGGGUUAUUAUCCUGAGUCUCCUCUGCUACCUCAUCCUGCUCCUCAGCAUAAACUCCAGCAACCGAGGGGUCUUCCUCUCCGUCGUCAUCCUCAUCUACAUGCUGAUGGGGGAGCUUCAUAUGAUAGAUGCAGCAACCUGGCAUAAGAUGAGAGGCUCUCAGAUGGUGGUGGCCAUGAAGGCCAUCUCUCUGGCCUUUGACCUUGAUCGAGGCGCUGUGUCCUCCUUUCCCUCCCCACUGGAGUUCAUGGGAUACCUCUACUUUCCUGGAACCGUCAUCUUUGGCCCAUGGAUCAGUUUCGCCCGCUACACAGAUGCAAUUAAUGGACAAAAAAUGAGCCUUGGCUGGUUCGGAAAGAUUGCUCUGAGCUUUCUGAGGAGUCAGAUCUGCCUGGUUAUUUCCAACUGUAUUGCUCCUUAUCUCUUUCCUUACUUCAUUCCCAUCUACGGAGAUGGACUUCCUCGUAGGUGGCUUCACGCUUAUGAAAAUGCAGUGUCCUUCCACUUCAGCAAUUAUUUUGUCAGCUACUUGAGUGAAACAACCACUGUGAUGGCUGGAGCUGGAUUCUCUGAGCACAAAGACCACCUAAAAUGGGAUAUUACAGUAGCUAAACCUAUGAAUGUGGAAUUGCCGAGGUCUAUGGUGGAAGUUGUUACCUCUUGGAAUCUGCCCAUGUCCAAGUGGCUUAACGCAUACGUCUUUAAAAAUGCACUCAAACUUGGCUCCUUUCCUGCCAUCUUGGUGACCUACACCGCCAGUGCAUUGUUACAUGGUCUCAGCUUUCAUCUAGGGGCCGUGCUUCUGUCUUUGGGAUUCAUCACUUACGUUGAACAUGUCCUGAGAAAGCGGUUGGCGGCUAUAUUCAGUGCUUGUAUACUGUCAAAGCGCUGUCCAAGUGACUGCCAUCACCAAAAUAAGAAGACUGUGUGGGUGUAUGGUGUAAACAUGUUCUUCAGUGCAUUGUCAAUAUUCCACCUGACAUACUUGGGAUCACUUUUUGACUCUGAAAUGGACAACAUGCACGCUGAGGAGGGUUACAUGGCCAGUCACACCAUUCAAAAGUGGUCGGAGCUAAACUGGGCGAGCCAUUGGGUGAUGUUUGGCUGUUUUGUGUUUUAUUGGCUCAUUUAAAGAGAAUGCUAUAGUAUUGAAAACAAUCAAUGGGUCAUUCACUGAACCUGAACAUGAAAUAUGGUGGAUGCUUGCUGAGAAACCAUAGACUGCCGUUUUCAACAAUCAGCGUUACCACAUCCAUCCUUCUGUCCCUCACAUGGAGAAGAGUGCCAUAAAAAGUGCCUUACGACUCAUGGUUACAAGAAUAAUUUUGUCAUAAUAUGAUGAUACUUGUUCUUUUUAUUUUGAUUUAGAUUAGGUAAAAUUUUUGAUUAAA